GCAUUCUUCUCCUUCUCUCUCUCUCUCUCUCUCUCUCUCUCUUUUCGCACAGAAUUCGUGCUCUGCAAUCUGCGCAUCUCGACUCCAAUGGCGCCGAAGGCGGAGAAGAAGCCGGCCGAGAAGAAGCCGGCGGAGGACAAGAAGGCCGAGAAGGCGCCGGCGGAGAAGAAGCCGAGGGCCGAGAAGAAGCUGCCCUCGAAGGAGGCCGGCGGCGGCGGCGACAAGAAGAAGAAGCGGGCGAAGCGGAGCGUGGAGACGUACAAGAUCUACAUCUUCAAGGUGCUGAAGCAGGUCCACCCGGACAUCGGCAUCUCGAGCAAGGCGAUGGGGAUCAUGAACAGCUUCAUCAACGACAUCUUCGAGAAGCUGGCCCAGGAGUCGUCGCGGCUGGCGCGGUACAACAAGAAGCCCACCAUCACCUCCCGGGAGAUCCAGACGGCCGUCCGCCUCGUGCUGCCCGGGGAGCUCGCCAAGCACGCCGUGUCGGAGGGCACCAAGGCGGUCACCAAGUUCACUAGCUCAUAGGUGGCUCUCUCCUCUGUCGAUCUUGGCGGGGCGGUCCUUGAAUGUAGCGCUCGGUUCUUGACUUCUUGUGUAAAAGAAAAGGCUUGGUGGGCAUUGCGAAAUGGGGGAAGCCCCGGUGGGAAAUUUGCGUUUUUGGUCACUUUUUGGGGAGAUGAGAAAAUGGCUGCUCGAUCUUGGCUUGUGUAGAGAACAUGUGAAUGAUGCAGUUUGUGAAAUAUCAUCAACCAUGGCUUCCUUGAUGUAUUGGCAUUGAUCUAAGUUCAAUUGUGAUAAA